AUGUCGAAACGAUAUGCCUUCACCACCACAACCCGGCUCCCAGCCAGCGUCGGCCGGGAUGCCGUCCUCGACUACCUCCACAACCACGAAGAGUUCUUGGCCUGCAACCCGCUCGUCACGGAAUGGCGCCGGAUAGCACCGCCUGCCGGCGUGCAUCCGGACGAGCAGAAAUGUGCGUGGUUCUCGGUCACGGAGAAGAGCCACUCGGCUCUGCACGGCCGGACAGGCGACGACAUCACUCAGGAGUGCUCCUUCUACAAUCUUCCAGACGGCAUACAAACACAUGUUUGGGCGACUAUGGGAGUCGACAUUCGCCAGAGAUGGAUCGUCGAGGGCGCUCUUCCCGGCGAGCCGGCGCACCAGCCGAGAAGCCGCGCCGAGGCCCCGUUGAUCGGCCUCCACCUGCGAGAAGACGUGGAGAUGCGCUGCAACGUCCUCAUGGCGUCGUCGCUCAAGAAGAGCCUGAGGGGGUCGCACGCCGCCCACGUAAAGCGCCUCUGCGAGCAGGCGUGGCUGGCACCGGCCCGUCCUAGUAGGCCGAGGUCGACGACGGCGACGACGAUGGCCUACUCCAAGACGCCCGCCCCGGGCCUGUACGCGCACGAGCUGCAGCCCAAGCUCGCCCACUUCCGGCCCCUGUCGCACUCGACCUCGGACCCGGAGACGUACACGACGAGAAAUCCAAAUCACAACCGUGGUUGGGGGGCGUCGCGGGAUAGUUCGCCCGGCAUGACUCGGGGCACGCGGGCACGACUGAGUCUGCCGCCGAUAACGACUCAGUUUGGCCCGCCCUCCCCAGCUCCGCCGCCGGUACCAGUACCAGUAGAGACGACGGGCGGCCAUGGCAACAGCAACAGCAACAGCAACAACGACAGCGACAGAGACAGCAGCUUGUACCCCCAUCCCCUGCGGAUCGUACGGCAUGUCUCACCCGCCGCCCAUCCGCCGCCCAGCCACCGACAUAGCUCUGCGCCUGUGCGACCACCACCACCACCACCGCCGUCCACUCUGGGUGGUACUACCCUCGACACAAGUCGCGGUACAACAGCGACGGCUACAAUGACAAAUAACGGCCACUUGGCACCAGCCAGCCCGGAAUCGGCCAGGCACGCCGCUCCGCCGGCUUCUUCUACCUCAUCGCCUUGGCACCUGAGCUCGCGGGGUGCCGAAACAGCCAAGCUGGCCGCCGCCCGUCGUCCAGCUCCGAGCCCACGCAGCGCGGGACCGGGUGGGAUGUCUACAGCCGUUCUUACGCGCCAACGAGCCCCCGCCUCUGAUCAGCAGCAGCAACAACAGCAGCAGCAGCAGCUGCAGAAGCAACAGCAAAGCCAGCGGGCGACGGUGGCGACGACAGCGACGACGACGCAGCACCCGCUGUACCCCAUGCUCAACCCCUAUUCGGACGAGGGCCUCUCGCCCAUCGUGCUCACCGAGGAGCAGAGGGCGGCGAUCCUCCGCGGCAUCAGCGACACGCUGUCGGCCGUCCGGGAGGCCGCCCAUGCCGCCCGGCUGGAGGAGCCGGCGCGCCUGACGAGCGCCACGCUCAACGCGCCCUUUGCGCCCGAGUUCUAUGAGAAUUUCUGUCUGGUGUAG